AUGUUAAGAAUGGAUGGGGAGGAAAAUAAGAAGAUAGAUGAUGUUGAUGAGAGUUUACAAACUGAGUUGACAGGAGAAUCCCGGAGAAAUAUAUCAGGAGGAAAUGCUGGAUGCGACUCUUCGUCUCAGCAGAAAACAAGGCUUAUAUCAGAUGAAGUGUUCAGGGACCUUGUAAAGAAAAGAAAAGAGAAUGGCACAAACAAAAGGGCACUGUCAAGGUCACCAAACCUGGAUGUUGUUGAAGCAGACAAACCUGAAAAUGUCUCCAGAAAAAGAAAGUGGAGUUCUUCAGAAGACGUGAAAGAUAGGAAAAGGAAAUUGCACAAAGUCGUAGUUGGAGAAGCAGGUAGUAUGAAGGAAGGAGUCACCAGUUGUCUUGGUGAUGACGUAUUUAAGUCAAAUUUCCUGUGCCUCCACUGUAAUUUCAAAUGUGCUGAUGGUGCCAUAUUGAAAAUUCACAAGGAAAAUAAACAUUCACAAGAGGUGCCAACUGCUGUUCCUGAUAAGUUACCUUCUUCAGAAGAAAUCAGUCUUGGCUCUACAGUUGGAAACGUAGACAAAGAUCUUAAAGGCAAAAUGAGUGAUCAGUGUUUACCUUCCUGCUCUGAUAUGGUAAAACGUAAACGAGAAAGCCCCUCUAAACAAUCCAGAAAGCAAACAUGCCCUCACUGUACUUGCACAGCUGAAUGUAGUUCAGCAUUACAUAUGCGUGUUAAGCAAGAUCAUGAGAAAUCCAAGCUAUUUUGUUGUGAUCUUUGUGGUUUUCAGAGUGCUGAGGAAAGUCUCCUAAAUUCUCAUUUCCUUGGCAAGACGCACCUUCGACGCCAAAAUCUUGCUGCCCGGGGAGGAUUUGUACAGAUAUUGACAAAAAAAUCCUUUAAAAACCAACAGUCUGCUGCAACCAAAGAGAGGAAUGUCAGAGCAAAACCUGGGACCAGGAAAUUAAGGGCAAGAACUGCUGAUGCAAAAGAACUAAGUGUUUGCAGUGCACUGAAAGGCUCAAAAGUAAGCUUGUCUGAACAAAAUGAUGGCCCUGAACUUGUUGAAAUGAUACCACCUUCAAAUAUUCGCACUGAAAAUAUAGAUACUAUGACAGAAGAAAUGUUGCUUUCUUCCAGUGUAGAAGGAAAUUAUGAAGCCCGUACUGGAAAACUAGAAAUACCAGGACCCUCAGAAAAUACCUUGCAGAAAACAGAACUCCCUCCAACUACCAAAAAGCUAGUUAGCAGUUUAAACAUGACAAGGAGAUUUGAUAGACCGGAAUGUAAAAGAAACGUCUUGUUAAGGUCUUCAUUUGGACAGAGUAGGUCUUUUAGAUUAAAAAGGCAGGUUAAAAGAAGGUACAACUUGUUGAGUAAUAGUAAGAGAGGCAAGUCUGAAACUCAGAGAGUACACGGGAAGCACAUCUCCUGCACGCAGCUUAAACCUGGUGAUUCAAGCCCUGUGUCACACACACAAUUAGAAACAGAUGCUAAAAGUAAUUCUAAUACUACUUCAGAAAUUCAAGAUCCUACUGAAGAUAAGCCAAAUACCCUUUCUUCCAGCGCUACAGAUAGUAAAGAUUCUGACGUUCAACUUACUUCUGAUCAUGGUGUUCUUCAUACUUGCGUUGAUCGUGGCCAUGUUUUUCAGAACAGAAAAAGUUUGGAAAUUUGUGUUCCAAAGCCUCAUACAAAAAAUGUCCAGUUUCAUUGUCAGAUGUGUAGUUAUUCCUGUGAAGUCAGGGAGGAUAUGAAGCAACACUGUCAGGACAGUAAACACCAGAUGGGUGGUUGUAGCUUUAAUUGUCAGCUCUGUUCAUUUACCAGCUUGAAUGUGAUCAGCCUUCGAAGCCAUAUGAGUGAAGCGCAUAAUAUGUCCCAUAGUUGUCCAACUUGCAUUCUUUUCUUUCAAAUGGAAGAAGAGCUGAUAAAUCACCAAAAAAAUGAGAAACAUGAUGGUACAGUAUUUCAGCAAGCUACUCCAUUGAGUAACAGUGAUCAGACCUUGCAAGAGGUAACUUAUGCUGACGCAGUAUCAGACAAUAGCCAAAAUCUUGCAAAGGAAGUGGAAGUAUCAAUGAAAGCAAAAGCUCCGGACUCUUCCUUCAUAAAUCAUAGAAAUGAACUAAAGCAUUCUGUCCUGAAUAGAACCCAAUUUCAAUGUAAAAAGUGUUUUUAUAAGACAAGAUCUUCCACGGUUCUCACAAGGCACAUAAAACUCCGACAUGCGCAGGAGUAUCACUUCCUUUGCAAAGCGUGUAAUCUCUACUCACUGAGUAAGGAAGGAAUGGAGAAGCAUAUCAAAAGAAGCAAGCACCUCGAAAAUGCCAGGAAAAACAACAUUGGACUACGUUUUGAAGAAUGUAUUGAAAAGGUUUGUGUUGGUGUUGGUGGUAUUAAAACAGUGGUGGAUCCUUCCAUUUCUGGGAGUGGGAAUACAGAGUUAGAUAAAGAAAUUAUACAUGUUUCAUCCUGUUCUGUGGAAAACAUAUCGAGAAAUAAGGAAUUCGUUCCCCUUGAUCAAAGGAUUGGUGAAAAUGAAUUGAUUUUAGCUAAUGCGCCCAAAAGAGAGAAAGCCAAAGGCACUAUUUCUAGGACAUGUACCCAUUGUGGUCUUUUGGCCUCCAGCGUUACAAAUUUGACUGUUCACAUCAGACGAAAGCACAGUCAUCAGUACAGCUAUUUGUGUAAGGUUUGCAAUUACUACACUGUAACCAAAGGAGAUAUGGAACGCCACUGUGCAACCAAAAAACACAAAAGUCGUGUUGAAAUAGAAGGACGUGGAAAACAGAACUCGGAGAUCAUCGUUAGCCCUGAAGGAGGUAAUUUUGAAUCCAUGAGCAAGAAGGUUAACAGCUCCAUGACUGCCUUGUAUGAACAUGUUGAAGAUGGUAGCCAGUCAUCAGAUUUGGAAAAUUCUGUCUUUGGCAAUCAGGAAGUUGAGCAAGGAGAUGCUGAGCUAAAAGUUGUCAAUGCCGGUAGGCUCCCAGAUUUGAAUCCUACUAGCAAUUCAUUAAAUACAAACCAACGUAUAUUUCUGGAACCAGCGAGGGUUACUCAAGAUGGUGACCCAUGCUUCCAGAGAAGAGCAAUGGGUGCAAACGACAACAAGUGCGUACACUGCAGCUUCGUUGCUCAUUCUUCUUCUUCUUUAGAGCUGCAUGUGAAGCGAAAACAUACAAAACAAUUUGAAUACUACUGCAUGGCUUGUGACUACUAUGCUGUUACUCGCAGAGAGAUGAUUAGGCAUGCGACAACAGAGAAACAUAAAAUUAGAAGAGAAUCUUACGUUUAUUCUUCUUCUGGGGAGGAAGCAAACGCAGUAGUUACCACUAAAGAAGGCACUGCUUUGUCUCAAGAGGAGCACCAUCACAGUGCAGGAGAAUGGAAAACUGUUUUAGGUCAAACAAGAUGUGCCAAUGAUGCAGCAGAAGGUGAUCAUACGAGUCAAAGCUUAACUGAAUGUACUGUCUUAGAUGAAAAUGCACCUCCAGGAAAGCCGAAAGGCAGCAGUUCCCAAAAUGCAGUAGAAGGUGAACUUGAAGAGGAGUCUAAAAAUGGAGGAGAAGACCUUUUUUGUGAAGGAUUCCAGCAACCAACUCAGAAAGAUAAAGUUGUUAAACUUGACAAGGAAGUAUCAGUUAAAGAAACAGGUACGACUGGGUUCCAGAAAAGUAGGCAUGGUCAGGAGCUGCUCAUCUCAGAUGAUGAUUGCGCUGCAGAAAAUCAAAAUAGAUCAGGCUGCACAAACUUGAAUUCAAGAAAAGGCGAGGAAAGCUUGGAAGCAAAAAGAGAAAACCCUGAAGUAGUGUGUAGAAACACAGACAUUCUCCAAAAAAAAUCACUGAAAAAAAAUAACCCACUUCUUAUGCUAACUCUUCCAGAAACAAGUAGUGCAGUAGAGCAAUCAAAUUUUGCUGGAAGCAUUGGAGGAACGGUACAAAAUAUACGUAGUUUAGAGGGUGACAGAAGUUUCAAAGCGGAUCCUACUGGGGAGGAGGAAGAAGCCCUUAUGGAAGCACAACAUGAAGCAGAAGUAACUAUAAAUAACAAUGCUUGGGAGGCAGAUGGCUCAACAGCUGAGGGCAUGCAAGAAAGUAGUAAUGAGGCUUUAGGAACAGUUAUCAUUGCUGAUGAUAAAGGAAAGGCAAUGCAAAAUUUUGGCAAGUUUGAUUCUUCUAUAGUGAGGUUAAAAAGCCAUCAAGAUGGGGAGGCCACUGAGCGUUCUGCUGAAGGGCAGAUGUCAGGUGGAGUGAAAGCUGGUGAGCCGACAGUGAAAGCGGACCCUUCACUGAGUGGUGGGAAAAAGAAGAAGCCAGAAGGAAUUUCCCUUGGGGAAUCGACACGUAUUCGCUGCGAUGACUGUGGGUUUCUAGCAGAUGGUUUGAGCGGACUAAAUGUUCACAUAGCCAUGAAACAUCCUUCAAAAGAAAAACAUUUUCAUUGUUUACUCUGUGGAAAGUCAUUUUACACAGAAAGCAACCUUCACCAGCACUUGGCCAGCGCUGGGCACAUGCGAAAUGAGCAGGCGAGCGUGGAGGAGCUGCCCGAAGGAGGAGCUACCUUCAAGUGUGUGAAGUGCACGGAGCCCUUCGAUUCGGAGCAGAGCUUGUUUCUCCACAUCAAAGAGCAACACGAAGAGCUGUUGCGGGAAGUGAAUAAGUACAUCGUGGAAGACACUGAGCAAAUAAACAGGGAGAGGGAGGAGAACCAAGGCAAUGUCUGCAAGUAUUGUGGGAAGAUGUGUAGAAGUAGCAAUUCCAUGGCCUUCCUAGCUCACAUCCGUACCCAUACAGGAUCAAAGCCAUUCAAGUGCAAGAUAUGCCACUUUGCAACAGCUCAGCUCGGAGAUGCCAGAAACCAUGUCAAGAGGCACCUUGGGAUGAGGGAAUACAAGUGUCAUGUCUGUGGGUGA